AUGGCAAGAGAAAACGACGAGUACAGACUUGCAGGUGAGAGUCAGAGUGAAAGCGCUACUCGACAUGAGUUCGAGAGAAGCCGCAGAAUCGCAGCCGAGAAAAUUCGGCAAGACAUACUGGAUAAGCAUGAGCGACAGCGUCAAGCGACCCUGAAAGCCAAGGGCUCUGUACUGCAGAACGAAAAUGGAGAUUCCGUCUCUACUGAAACGCAGAACUCGCAAGUGCCCGUUCAGCAGUUGCCCCUCCUGCGAGACCUCGUUCAGCCAGACCUCGUUCAGCCAGACUUCGUUCAGCGAGACCCCGUUCAGCGAGACGCCGUUCGGCAAGUGUCCGUUCAGCAAGUCGGGCCUACCCAAGCCUUGUAUCCCAAUGCACUGGGGUGCCCAAAAAUGCCAGCUCAGCAGCGCGAUCAUACCUCAGCUCCCAAUCCAACAAGUGGACGUUCGCAUCGACGACAGUGGGCUCAAGGACGUGGUCAUGCCUCAGUAUUCAUAGCUGCAGGUGGAUUUAAGUCAAGAGCGACGGCUGGACAGAUGCGUUUUAACUAUGACACAGGUGGACGGGAUCCAGGAAUGAAUGGUGGACCUUCGCGCGCCCCAGAAUUCUAUCCAAUGUAUGGACCCGAUCCGCACACGCCGACUCAGCAAGGUGGUACCGCUCAAGAUCUGACAACUGGCUAUCUUAACCCUCAAGCAGGUUCUUGGUAUCCAGCUCCACCUCCACCUACAAAAGAAGAAGACACGACAUUGAAGACUGACUCGGCUUGGGCCAAUGAUCCAGCAUACAUUGCACUAAGGAAUAGUAUUGGCUGGGACCAAGGUCCACCACACAUCGAUUCAGAAUGGUAUGAUGAGAAGAAUCAUCAUCGCUUUGACGGCGAUCUUUUCAUCCCCAAAAGCCUGUUCGACGAUACACCGGUCGACAUCACCUCAGCCGCCGUAUCAGAGGCCACUCCUCGGGCCAUGGGACCACCACGCAAAGGCAGCUAUACAGGUAAGUAUGGAGCGAUUCAUCGAUGGUCCAGAGUCCAUACAUCAGCACCUUGUGAACCGCCAAGCUAG